CAAGUCCAUGUGGGCAUGUGGCUCGGCCGCACCAGCCAGACGAAGGACGAAGAGGCAGAGAAGCGCAGCACCAGCCAGAGGCAAGGGGGAAGGGACUAGGGAGAGCAAAAUCACACGGCAGGGGAGGGAAGCGCGCGGCGCAGGCACACGCGCUUCUCGUGAAGCUUAAGGAGGAACGGGUGGAGGGGGAAUCUUCGAGAAGGUUCCGUGGAGGGAGCGGGACGGGCUGACGGGCACCGCCGGAGCCAUGAUGGGGAGGGACGAGCUGCUGCGGCGGAGCCUCGUGGCGCUGGCGGCGGCCGUGGUGGUCACAGGGGUGGCGACGGCGUCGGUGCGGAAGGCGGUGGCCACGUACGUGUACGGGAUCCUGGCCAUCGCCGGCGUGCUCCUCCCGGACUGGGAGUUCUUCGACCGCGACUUCUCCCAGUGGCUCACCCCCAUGCCCGCCUCCCGUCGCACGGCCGCCGCCGCCGCCGCGGAACGAGAGCACGACAUCUGGAAAUUUAAGCCCUAUCCACUUCGGAUGACCAUGCUUGCGACGAUCUACGGGUUCGGGCUAUACAAGUGGUGGAACUAUGUAUCUAGCUAGCCUGUCGGUCCAUCUCCCCUUUCCUCCUUCCCCCGUCUCGCUCUCGCGAAACGAAAGAUACCGCACCGCAUGCAUUGUUGCCCGGUUACACGCUGCCUAUACAAACAAACAAAAAACGUUCCAGUGGGGGGAAAAGUGUCUCAUACACAAAAAAGCUCAUGUCAUGGCAAUGUCUGUAGCUAAUUCUCGGUUUUGUAAUUGUUGUUAUUCUUAGAUGAUCAAAACGUUGCGCUUCGUUUAGCCUCUUCUUCUUGUUCCUCUAGCGAGUUGGUGAUUUGUUAGAUUGGGUUGGUAAUCUGUUCCCCCGUAGAGCCGUGAUGGCUUCCCUUCCUGUUUUCUGCUCCUUUGAUUGGAUGGAUAAACCUGUUACUGUAUAUGUAUAUACGCGUUUCGUUAUUGAUUGA